UCAAACAUACAAAGGAAGUUUGCGGUCUCAACCAUCCCACAGUGAGAAGCAUCUAUGCUGUGUGAAAGGAGGACCUGACUUGCUACAAACCCAGACCAGGUACUGCGGCACUGCUAUCAUCCACAGUACUGAUUCCAACAGGAAGCAGAGACUUGGACUGGACCAUGGCCACCAAGGAAGUUAACAGAGCACAGGUGGUUAGAACCAUGAAGGUGCGUACUUCCCUCAAGGGAGACGGCAGCUGGAUCCGUAGAGUGACAGACCCAGAUGAAGAAGAGGGACAACCACGUAAGCCAGAACUUCCAAAGAAACCCACUGGUCUCUUUUCAGCUGAAUCCAGCCCUGUUACCUCUCUUGCUCCAUGCAACCCCUACAGUCCUACAGUGACACCAGAUGUUGACCCACUGACCCCUGAGGAAAUCACCAAAUGGUCAUUGACAUCUAGCAGGGUCAGACCCCUGGCAAAGUCCUAUGUCCUCUCAGCAGCUAAGAAAUUUGAAUCUCUGGAUUCCCCAACGAGCCCCCCACCAUUCAAAAUCAGCCAGUCACAUUUCCCUAUAAGGCCUGAAGAGUUGUCAGAAGCUGUGGAGGAGUCGGACCCACCAACAGCAGAAUCAAAAGACAAAUCUCUUGGGAAACCUGUGGAACAACCUGCAGUGGAGGAAUCUGUAGAUGCACCUGCUGACCAACCAGAGGCAGCAGAGCCCUCUGAGACAACGACUGAGGAACCUGCAUCUGUGGAAGAAGCUGAUGGAGAACUCAUCGCAAAACUCACUGCAGAACCCACCGUGGGACCCACAGUGGAACCAGCAAGUGAAAUUCAAUCAGAAGAGGCUGCUGUAGAAUCAGUCUUAGAACCUGUAGUGAAACCUGUUGACAGUGUUUCUGAAGAACCUGCAGUUAGGCCAGCGGCUGUGGAGGCAAUUGAACUUGUAGUUGAGCCUGUGGCUACAGUUAAACCUGUAGUUGAGCCUGUGGCUGCAGUUAAACCUGUAGUUGAGCCUGUGGCUACAGUUAAACCUGUAGUUGAGCCUGUGGCUGCAGUUAAACCUGUAGUUGAGCCUGUGGCUACAGUUAAACCUGUAGUUGAGCCUGUGGCUGCAGUUAAACCUGUAGUUGAGCCUGUGGCUACAGUUAAACCUGUAGUUGAGCCUGUGGCUGCAGUUAAACCUGUAGUUGAGCCUGUGGCUGCAGUUAAACCUGUAGUUGAGCCUGUGGCUGCAGUUAAACCUGUAGCUGCAGUUAAACCUGUAGUUGAGCCUGUGGCUGCAGUUAAACCUGUAGAUGAGCCUGUGGCUACAGUUAAACUUGUAGUUGAGCCUGUGGCCGCAGUUAAACCUGUAGUUGAGCCUGUGGCUGCAGCUAAACCUGUAGUUGAGCCUGUGGCUGCAGCUAAACCUGUAGUUGAGCCUGUGGCUGCAGCUAAACCUGUAGUUGAGCCUGUGGCUGCAGCUAAACCUGUAGUUGAGCCUGUGGCUGCAGCUAAACCUGUAGUUGAGCCUGUGGCUGCAGCUAAACCUGUAGUUGAGCCUGUGGCUGCAGCUAAACCUGUAGUUGAGCCUGUGGCUGCAGCUAAACCUGUGGCUGCAGCUAAACCUGUAGUUGAGCCCGUGGCUGCAGCUAAACCUGUAGUUGAGCCCGUGGCUGCAGUUAAACCUGUAGUUGAGCCCGUGGCUGCAGUUAAACCUGUAGUUGAGCCUGUGGCUGCAGCUAAACCUAUUGAGCCUGUGGCUGCAGCUAAACCUGUAGUUGAGCCCGUGGCUGCAGCUAAACCUGUAGUUGAGCCCGUGGCUGCAGCUAAACCUGUAGUUGAGCCCGUGGCUGCAGUUAAACCUGUAGUUGAGCCCGUGGCUGCAGUUAAACCUGUAGUUGAGCCCGUGGCUGCAGUUAAACCUGUAGUUGAGCCCGUGGCUGCAGUUAAACCUGUAGUUGAGCCCGUGGCUGCAGUUAAACCUGUAGUUGAGCCCGUGGCUGCAGUUAAACCUGUAGUUGAGCCUGUGGCUGCAGCUAAACCCGUAGUUGAGGAGUCAACAUCUGAACCCAUCAUUGAAGCUGAAGCUGAAGCUGUGGCUGAAGCAGCUGUUGAAGUUGUUCAGGAAUUAUCAGCUGCUAUUGAACUUGAGGAGGCAUUAGACGUGGAGCUACCUGCUGCUGAAGUCGUGGCAGAUGAUAUAAUAGCACCUGCAUCAGAACCUACACCAUCCCCUUGUGGGGGUCAGGUUCCAUCACUCAUUCAGCAACAGGAGGAUGCUGAACCCCAGCAUCAGAUAGUCCAUGACUUUCGUCACACCAAGGAUGGCAAAGCCAUUUGUUCAUACUGUGACAAGUCAAUUGAUGGAAAUGUCAAGAUCACAAUCAAUUACCCACAAAUCUACAGCCACCCAGACUGUUUUAAGUGCGGAUUGUGCAGUAAGGCCUUGGGGGACAUGACGACCUCCAUGUUCGUGCAUGGGAGAGUGAUCCACUGUGAUGGCUGCUUUAUUAAAACCAUGUAGGCCCCAGGGCUUCUCAUCACCUUGACACAGAGGGCACAACAGUGUCAUCCCUGGAACAUCCCUGUCACCAACACAACCAUUUUGACAGAUUACUUGCUAACACUGUUCAAUUUUUUUUGUUGUAAGAUGUUAUAAUUCCAGAGUUAUCAUCAAUUCUCCUUCCCUGACACUGAAUGCCAUUCUUUUGUGAAUGUAAGACUUUUUUCUGUAAACAAAUCAUAUUUUUUUCCCCAUUUAUUGUGUUUUCACCAUGUGGAGGACAUGUAUAUCUUUAAUGAGAAAAAAUAUAUAAAUGAUUUAUGACCGUUUCCAUAAUUUGUCAAUAAUUAACAUCUAAUAACAUUUGUCUUGUUUGUUGUUGUGCAUUAUAUUACCCAUGUGGACAACCUCACUGGAAGUUUUGUUUUACCAUUUGACAUUUGCAUGACAAUGAAAUGAAAUGAAGCACAAUAUUUUAAUACCUUGGGUUCAAAGGCUUUGAUACAUUUUAAUGGCUAAUCAAUUCAACACAGCAUUAUAUACACACCCAAUUCAGUAAAUAGCAUAGCAGGCCACUCACCAGCCAGAAAUCCCCUGAAAAUCAAACACUACAGUUUAAAAGCAGAGAGCAUUAAUACAUAUGGAGAAUGAAAACGGAGUAUCUUAUUUAGCUUAUACCUUUAGCACAUCCAUAGAAUUGGGUUUCCUUGCACCCCCACACACAGUAAUCAGUCAAAAGGACAAACAAUAGGUACUACAUCAAGAGUGAAUGCAAAAAAGCUGCCGUAAGUGCUUUGACACACUUAGAAAAGAGCGACUCCCACAUUACACUCCCACAUUUCACUUGAGUGUUGUAGAGAACUUUGGCACAUUCUGCUGUUUUCUCUAGUUACAGUAAUGGACAGCUCAUUUACUAACACAAUCUAAAGCAACAGGAGCUAGAUCAUGUUCACAAUCUAUAUACAUAUCAGUAAGCAAGGCGACUGGGAUCGGUUUCUUAGUUCUGAUUAGCAUGGAGAGCAGCCAUCUCUCCAUGUCACUCAGAUUUAGAGAGCUAAAUAGAGCCCACAAUCUGACAAUAGCGCCAGUGACACUUUUUAAAAGCUUUUUUUUUUUUUUAAAUGUGUGAACCAAAAUCAGAGACGCUACAUCCAAUGUGAAAAUUAGCAACAGACAUCAGAGAGUCAUCCUCCUGGACUGAGAACCACAGGUAUAAGACUGGUGAGUAGGGGGAGGGGCUUAAAGUCAUAACGACCCAACGUGGUCUCAGGGCAAUCUGUAUUAUUCUCAACGUAAAUCUUUGACACUACAUUUAGCAUGAUAUAUUACGUUACAUUAGGUUAUGUUAUGAAUGGAAUAGCGGUCGUACAAUAUCAUACAGUCAU